ACCCAUCAUCGCAAAAACGAGCAAAAUGUCCUUCAGCGAUAACCCACUUGUCCAACAAUCAUCACAGCUUACUACGCUGCAAAAGUUUGAACUCCAAGGAAAGACUGCCGUUAUCACAGGUGGUGCUAGAGGUUUGGGAUUCGAGAUGACUCGUGCACUCUGUGAAGCCGGAUGUACUUCAAUUGGUAUUUUUGAUAUUCUCUCAGAAUGGGGUGACUCUGCUGUCAAGGAGUUACACGCUUCAUUCCCAAAUGUUAGCGCUUCUUUCUACCAAUUAGAUGUUAGAGACCAAAAAGCAGUCGUCAGCGCCGUCGACGGUAUCGUAAGAGAUUACGGUGGAGUUGACAUUCUUCUGACAUCUGCUGGUGUUGCAGAUAACAUUGCUGCCGAGGAUUACCCAGCUGACCGUUUCAGACGUGUAAUGGAUAUUAACUUAAACGGAACUUUCUUUGUUGCACAAGCUAUCGCUAACAUUCAAAUUCAAAACAAGAAGCCAUGCUCCAUGGUCUUUAUUGGAUCAAUGUCUGGUAACAUUGUCAACUACCCACAACCACAAUGUGCAUACAAUGCCUCAAAGGCCGCUGUUAUUCACCUUGCCAAAUCACUUGCCUGUGAAUGGGCACCACACAACAUCCGUGUCAACACUAUCUCACCUGGUUACAUGAACACUGCCAUCACCGACAAAUUUGACCCUAACCUCAAGAAGACCUGGUACGAAAGAACACCAAUGGGUAGAAUGGGACACGUAACUGAUCUCAAUGGUGCUGCUAUCUGGCUGCUUUCACCUGCAUCAAACUACGUAACAGGAACGGAUGUUCUCGUUGAUGGUGGUUACUGUGCUUUGUAAAAUACUAGAACUGAAUGAAUUUC